CAAUCUCAUUCAGUUUACUGUGAGUAGCCGAUCAAGUGACUGGAUAAAAUGGUGUCAGUGCUACAAGAUGGACUUCUGCAAUUUCACCCAGACACUCUGGAACAAGUGAGAAGGGAGUUGAACCUGGAUAAAAAUGGAAGAAUGGAUGAUGCCGUGAAUCUUCUGGAAGAAUGGGUGAAAAAGCAACAGCAUUUUGUCAAAAAGGAUUUUUCUCGCGCCUACCUAGAGAGAACGUUGAUCUCAGCCAAAGGGAUGGUGGAGAGAGCAAAACAGAGGAUAGACAAACUGUGCACCUUCAAAACUUUAUUGCCAGAGUAUUAUCCAAGAUCAGUAUCCAAAGGACAUUUUGAUUCUUUAAAACCUAUUGUACAAUAUGCACUCUUACCCAGACUAACUAAGGAACAUUAUCGCGCGUCACUGUUCAACGUGAAAUCCGAUGAUUAUAACUCGGAACACAUUCAUCUUUUCUACAAAUAUGUUGUAAUGAUAUGUGAAUAUAUUAAAAUAAACGACUACAAUAAUGGAUUUGUAGUUACACUGGACUUCAGGGACGCAAAUAUUCUUACUUUCGUGACAAAAUGUACACCGAUGGAUUUACGACAAGUCAUCACUUUAAUGACGGAAGGCUACGGGAUUCGGAUAAAGCAGAUCCAUCUAAUAACAGAAUCGAAAAUGCUGGACACACUAGUCAGUUUUCUCAAACAAGUCCUAAGUACUAAAUUAGCAGGAAGAAUACAUAUGCACAAAAAUCUUGAUACUCUCUACGAAUUCGUACCAAAGGAUAUACUGCCUGUGGAGUAUGGUGGAACUGAGAAGCCUCUGCAGGUCCUUUCUGAUCAAUGGCGAGAAACUUUAACAUCCCAAGAAUUCAUGGAAUACUUUGUCGAGAUGAAUGAUGCCAAAACGGAUGAAUCUUGCAGACAGUCAGACAAAUUCACAGAACAGUAUAUAGGCAUGCCUGGAUCCUUCAGGGCUUUGAGUGUAGAUUAGACCUUAACUUAUUAGUUUUAAGGCUCAUUUUAAUUUAUCGUAGAACUGUAAAGAGGGAAGAUUUUGUUUGCAUUGAAAUCACGCUGCCAACGGAUGCACGAUCUGUAAAAUGAACCUGUAAUUAUUUGGCUUUACAGACAUAAGUCUGUAAUUAAAAUUAAAUUAUUAUUUUAGGCAAUACCAAUGGCUGUUGGAUAUUUAAUUGUAAUAAAUAAAUUAUCAAAUUAGGUAUCGUACCUAAUAAGAUGUAUAUUAUUUUUAUGGUGACAUUAUUGUAAUUUUUAAUAAAAUAAUCAGAGCAUUAAAUGUAUAUUUGUAG